AUGCAACAGUGGUUCUAUACUUGCGAAUCAGUCAACCUGAUACAUCACAUCCACAAGAGAGAGCAUAAAAAUCAUACAAGCAUCUCAAGAGAUGCGGAAAAAGCAUCUGACAAAACACUCUGGGCCACGGUGGUGGUGGCACCCGCGCAGGGCCCAGCCGCCGGGGCCCCCAAAGUGCUGCUUCUGUCCGGCAAGCCCGCUGCCGCCGCCGCCGCCAGAGCCCCGGCCGGCCGGGCUCUGCCACUCAUGGUGCCGGGCCCGCGAGGGGCCAGCCCCAAGGCGGCAAGUGGGGGGACGCCCCGGGCACGCAAGCGACAGCGCCUCACGCACCUGAGCCCCGAGGAGAAGGCGCUGCGGAGGAAACUGAAAAACAGAGUAGCAGCCCAGACUGCCAGAGACCGAAAGAAAGCUCGAAUGAGUGAGCUGGAACAGCAAGUGGGAGAUUUGGAGGAAGAGAACCAAAAACUUUUGCUAGAAAAUCAACUUUUGCAAGAGAAAACUCAUGGCCUUGUAGUUGAGAACCAGGAGUUAAGACAACAGCGCUUGGGGCUGGAUGCCCUGGUUACUGAAGAGGAGGUGGAGACUCAGACCAAGGGGAAUGGAGCGAGGCCGGUGGCCGGGUCUGCUGAGUCCGCAGCAGGUGUAGGCCCAGUUGUCACCCCUCCAGAACAUCUCCCCAUGGAUUCUGACAGCGUUGACUCUUCAGACUCUGAGUCUGAUAUCCUGUUGGGCAUUCUGUUCAACUUGGAGCCAGUCAUGUUCUUCAGAUGUCCUUCCCCAGAGUCUCCCAGCCAGGAGCAGCAUCCAGAAGCCCAUCCAGAAGGACCCAGUUCCUUACCAACCUCCCCUUUUCUGUCACUGGGGACGUCAUCAGCCAAGCUGGAAGCCAUUAAUGAACUGAUUCGUUUUGAUCACGUAUACACCAAGCCCCUAGUCUUAGAGAUACCCUCUGAGACAGAGAGCCAAGCUAAUGUGGUAGUGAAAAUUGAGGAAGCACCUUUCAGCCCCUCAGAGAAAGAUCACCCUGAAUUCACUGUCUCAGUGAAGGAAGAUCUUGUAGAAGAUGACUUCAUUCCAGAGCUGAGCACCUCAGAUCUGCUUUCAUCCAGCCACUGCCUGAAGCCAUCUUCCUGUCUAUUGGAUGCUUAUAGUGACUGUGGAUAUGAGGGCUCCCCUUCUCCCUUGAGCGACAUGUCCUCUCUGCUUGGUGUAGACCAUUCUUGGGAGGACACUUUUGCUAACGAACUCUUUCCUCAGCUGAUUAGUGUCUAAGGAAUGAUCCAGUGCUGUUACCCUUUUCUUUUGACCAUUAUACUGCCUGGAAGAUAGCAAAGAAGCCUGUGCUUCAUUUAAAAAGCCAA